GAAAUAACGACCUGUUUGGAUGGCACAGAAAACAUUUGCAGAGUGAAAACUGAAAAGGAAGAGAAGAGAGUGAAAAUGGGUGAGCUUUACGCGUUGGACUUCGACGGAAUCAUCUGUGAUAGCUGCGGAGAAAGCUCUCUCUCUGCUGUUAAGGCUGCGAAAGUGAGAUGGCCCGGUUUGUUUGAUGGGGUGGAUUCUGCCACAGAAGAUUGGAUUGUUGACCAGAUGCAUACAGUGCGGCCAGUGGUGGAAACUGGAUAUGAAAACCUUUUACUUGUGAGAUUGUUGCUAGAGUCCAGAACACCUUCCAUCAGGAAGUCUUCGGUUGCAGAGGGGCUCACAGUUGAGGGUAUAUUGGAGAAUUGGUCCAAGUUGAAGCCCAUUAUUAUGGAAGAAUGGGGUGAGAAUAAGGAUGAUUUGAUAGAUCUUUUUGGAAAGGUCAGAGAUGAGUGGUUGGAGCAGGAUUUUGCUACUUGGAUUGGUGCAAACAGAUUCUAUCCCGGUGUUUCUGAUGCAUUAAGAUUUGCAAGCUCAAGAGUGUAUAUUGUCACCACUAAACAGAGCCGCUUUGCCGAUGCUUUACUUCGAGAGCUUGCUGGAGUGAUAAUACCACCAGAAAGAAUAUAUGGUCUAGGAACUGGUCCUAAGGUAGAAGUUCUGAAGCAGCUUCAAAAGAAACCAGAGCACCAAGGGCUGACACUACACUUUGUUGAGGAUCGACUAGCUACCUUAAAAAAUGUGAUCAAUGAGCCUGAGUUAGACCAAUGGAAUUUGUAUCUAGGGAAUUGGGGUUACAACACCCCUAAAGAGAGAGAGGAAGCUGCAGCUAUCCCCAGAAUUCACGUUCUUGAGCUCUCUGACUUCAGCAACAAGUUGAAAUAGGAGUCUUCAUUUAUCAAUCAUUGAACCAAAUAUUUUCUUCCAACUCAUGUAUAAACAACGACAAAUUUCCAGUGAACAUAAUCUUUCUACUUAGAAAAUCCCCCCUUUCCUUGUUAAUUUACAGUAAUUCAUAUCCUUCUUUGAGGUUAUUGUUAAAAUGGUCUGCUUUCUUGUUAAAAUGUAGUUAUUUAUGUCCAUACUAGAGGACUGAAAGUAAGCAUAAUAGAAACUCUUGGCAGUGUCCAACACAAACACAUUCUUUGUAGAUGUCCCUAUAGUUAAU